AUGGGGAUCAUGACGUUGUCGCCUGCAGCUCGGGACGAGAGCCGGGAGGACAAAACCACCAUCAAGUGUGAGACGUCUCCACCGUCUUCACCCAGGACACUGCGGCUGGAGAAGCUGGGCCACCCUGCCCUGAGUCAGGAGGAUGGCAAGAGUUCACUGGAGGACCAGGCCAGCAAUCCCAGCAGCAGCCAGGACUCCUUGCACAAGGGCUCCAAGAGGAAGGGGAUCAAAUCCUCCAUCGGGCGUCUGUUUGGGAAGAAAGAGAAGGGUCGCUUGAUCCAGCUGAUGCUGCUGACUGACGUGGAAGGGGGCAUCCAGGACCCCCUGGGACUGGGCAAGCUGGGGGCUCAGGCUGAGAAGGAUCGGCGCCUGCGGAAGAAGCACGAGCUCCUGGAAGAGGCUCGGAGGAAAGGGUUGCCCUUUGCCCACUGGGACGGCCCCACUGUUGUGUCCUGGCUGGAGCUCUGGGUGGGGAUGCCAGCCUGGUACGUGGCCGCGUGCCGGGCCAACGUCAAGAGCGGGGCCAUCAUGUCAGCCCUGUCGGACACCGAGAUCCAGCGGGAGAUCGGCAUCAGCAACGCCCUGCACCGCCUCAAGCUGCGCCUGGCCAUCCAGGAGAUGGUGUCCCUGACCAGCCCCUCAGCUCCGCCCACCUCCCGCACGUGCCCUGGGUUCUCCCCAGUUUCUCCAUGUGCUUCUGUGCAGACAUUGGCCUAUGGGGACAUGAACCAUGAGUGGAUUGGGAACGAGUGGCUGCCCAGCCUGGGCCUGCCCCAGUACCGGAGCUACUUCAUGGAAUGCCUGGUGGACGCACGGAUGCUGGACCACCUCACCAAGAAGGACCUGCGGGUGCACCUGAAGAUGGUGGACAGCUUCCACCGCACCAGCCUCCAGUACGGCAUCAUGUGCCUCAAGAGGCUCAACUACGACCGCAAAGAACUCGAGAGGAGGCGAGAGGAGACGCAACAUGAAAUCAAAGAUGUGUUGGUGUGGACCAACGACCAGGUCAUUCACUGGAUCCAGUCCAUCGGGCUGCGCGAGUACGGGAACAACCUGGUGGAGAGUGGCGUGCACGGGGCCCUGCUGGCCCUCGAUGAGAACUUUGACCACAACAGCCUGGCCCUUGUGCUGCAGAUCCCCACCCAGAACACCCAGGCUCGACAAGUGCUGGAGAGGGAGUUCAACAACCUGCUCGCCUUGGGCACGGACCGGAGGCUGGAUGAUGGUGAUGACAAAACCUUCCGUCGGACGCCGUCCUGGCGCAAGCGCUUCCGCCCGCGGGAUGUGCACAGCAUCAACCUCCUCAGCGGCUCUGCUGAGACCCUCCCUGCCGGCUUCCGUGUCACCAGCCUCGUGCCACUGCCCCCUCCAGCUGCUCCAGCCAAGAAAAUGCCCCCGGAAGUCGGUGCCUCCGGGUCCCCAAGGCUGGAGACCUCCACGGUCCGAACGUACUCGUGCUGAGGGUCAGUGAGAUGGGAGCCAGGCCCUGGCAAUCUCCAUGUCCGUACACCACGUGCUGGCUGCCUUCCAGGACGAGAGCCCAGCCUCUGCCUGUUC